AUGAAGUUACAAUGUCAAGUUGAAGUAAUUAAUAGAGUACAUAGCAGUUUAAAUAUAAGAUCCAAUGGCAAAUACUUAAAAUCUACCCUAGCUUUAGGAAAAGAGCCUAAGAAUGACAAAGAGUAUUUUAUUUUACACUUUUCCACUGUAAACAAAAAUGGUACAAAAUAUAAAUUGAAAUGUAUGAAACAAGUGUUUGUUAAAUGUUUAAAUGAAGGUAAAGUUACAUUACGAUUUGAAGAACCUGCUCAUGACCUGUGUGUAAAAAGUGAAGUUAUACAAUUAAAAAGUUUUAUGAGAUUACUUAAAUCUUGUGUUACUGGAGACACUAAAGAUUUGAAGCUGUCAAAUUUAGCUUCUAUAGGUAUUACCGUUAAGGAUGUGGCUCCAACUAAAUUAACAAUCAGUAAUCGUUCUGAGUUUCCUGCUAAAGGUUUGCCUCGAACACUGGAAUCUUUAUACAUAGUAGGGCUUAAACUAUGUAAUUUUCGGCGAGACAUUUUAUUACUUAAUCACCUUGUAAUUCUUGAUUUAAGUAAUAACGAAAUUGAAAAAAUUCCCCCUGAAUUUGGUAGAUUGCCUAGUAUUCGUGAGCUUUAUCUAUCUAAUAAUUGUUUAGGGAUAAAGGAUUUUGUUGAUUGGAGGUGGCUACUAGGAAUAAAGAUUACAAAAAAUUUGAAACUGUUAGAUCUUAGUGGAAAUAAAUUAAAAGAAUUGCCUAAAAGUAUUUGGAAGCUUCAAAACUUAGUAACACUUAAACUAGAUAACAAUAGUUUAGAAAAAUUGCCAGCUACUUUAGGUCGCAUCAGUACACUGAGAUAUUUAACUGUAUCACAAAAUCGGCUACAGUCUUUACCAUGUGGCUUGAUGCAAUGUCGCUUAGAAUACAUAGAUCUCUCGUCAAAUAACUUUAUGUAUGAAAAUGAAGAUAAUAAAACUGUUAAUUUUAAGCCAUGGGAAUUCUACAUUAAUAGUUUGUUACAUAUUACUGCUAAAGUGGUUUUAAAUAAUAAAUUCUUUUAUGCUCCUAAUAUAAUACCAUGGACUUUAGUGGAAUUUUUAGAUAAUGCCAAUAUGUGUGUGUGCGGUAAACCAGUUUUAAAUGACAAUUAUUUUAUUAUUAAAGAAUUUCAGCUGAAAGAUCUAUAUAGAGUAGUAGUUUUCAACAACAACAACAGCUGUGCUAUAGGAUUUGAGUGUUACUUUUGUUCACCUAAGUGUUUUAAGAAA